CCCACAUCUUGUCCCCCCUGCUCAGGGUGAAAUACUACCUUUUAAGUUCAAACAAUUCCGAAGAGAUGGCCAUGUAGCAGAUCAUGUCUCGGUCGUUGCUUUCUCUGACUCCGAUUUUCUGUUUCUCUACAGUAAUCGCUGGCAUUGUUCAACAUCUGGCCUGAUUUUUAUUUAUUUUGGUCGGUGGAACGUACGACCAAUCGAGAUAUCAAGAUACCCAUAUACCCAUAUACCCACGACGACCCCUGACUCCUGAGUUGCGAAUGGCACAGCGGCGCUGAUCGAAAAAUCCCCGCAACGGGUCAACUAAUCGCACCCAGCCUCAAUUUGACUUGAACGCAGUCGCGAGACGAAGUCGUAAAGCUGUAUAUACUUUGGCGACGCAUUGAGGCCUAGACUUCUAGUAUUAUCGGCUAAAGCAACUAAGGCGAUUCGGUCGUGACCGCGGGGAUCAACGCUCGAGCAGUCCACCCCGAGCGGCGGACUCGUCAACCGCGACGAUCAUACCAAAUGAGAAUAACCGACUGCUAGUCCGGCUAGUGUAAUUGUAUCAACUCAAAUGGCGUUCCCCCAUCUUUCGCGAACAAAUACGAGCCAAUCUCUUUCCAAUGGCGGUAGCGGAAAUCAUAACCAUCGCACAUCGCUUUCGUCCUUUCUGUCGUCGCGCUCGCCCUCGCAGAUGUCUCAUAGUUCGCGCCCUCCAAGAUCCCCCCAGCCUCCAGUGGUAAACAACGACCGCACGUCAGAUCCCAGCUCAAAAUCCAAGACUUCAUCUCUUGGCAGCCAGACUGCCGAGUCUUCGCAACAUUCUUCUCUCUCACCGCCGAGGCGGCCUAAUCCUAAUGGACAGUCUCCCAGGAAACUACGUUCCCAGUAUCCUCGCGAGUCUUCCGAGAACCAUGUCGAGUAUAUCUUGGUCGCCUCCUUUGACAUCGACCGAGGCCCUGUCAUGGAGCACCAGUACCCUGUCGCGAUAACCGGUGAUGAAAACAUGUUAGCAGAGCUUAUGUUACCAGACCAAGUCCAUUCGCGUACUCAAGAUUGGACUAUCUUUUUCUUGCAUAAGGACACGACCCAGGAGGACGAUGACGAAGAGAAAAAAGAUAAGGCAGAACGACGGAAGAGGAGGAAACUUAGAAAGGACAGGGCCGCUGGGAUCAUAAACGGAGAUGACGAUACGAAUAACGAGCAAGACGAAGACGAGGAAGAUGAUGACUGGGACGAUGAUGAAUCAACCGACUCGGAACCUGAAGGAGGAGAGGGUCCUCCAUUAAUAUACGUAUUAAACUUGGUUUACACGAGACACGACAAGAGCGUGAAGAGAGGCGCUGUAGUCAAAGCGAUGGCUAUAUGUACACGACACCCAUUUCUACACAUAUAUAAGCCUCUACUGUUGCUUGCGCUUGAAGAAUAUUAUAAAUCUCCUGUCCCGGAGACGCUGGCGUUGCUCUAUGAAGCCGUCAAUAGUAUGGAUCUGUCCCUAAUGCCAAAGCUCAACUUGCUUGAGAGGUAUCUCUUGCAGGCCAGCAAUAAUCAAGAUCUAUUCGUCGAAAAGUUUGAACGAAUGAUACAGAGGCGAAUCGCCCAGGACAAAGCUGAGGGGGUUGGUGAGCCAUUCGACGCAAGUAGGAGUCCUCCCAAGCUGCAGGGUAUAUCUCGGGCUGGGACGAAAGCUCAUCUCGAAGGCCAAUCCGCGUACUCGGUUCCACGAGACACUCACGAAUUCGAGAGCAAGGUCAUGUAUAAGGGCAUUCCUAUCCCCGUCAAGGUCCCAACAGCAAUCAUGCCGGAAACCGUUGGGGAUUUUUCGCUCAUAAAACUCAUCCAGACUUUUUCAGAGCCGCAUGCAAAGUCGACACAACAGUUUUCUAUACAUACUCACUUAACUACGAAUGGCCCAGGAACCCAUCCUAUAAUAGUACUUGCUAAUGCACUUCUGACCCAGAAGAGGAUAAUUUUUGUUGGACAUAAUAUGCCGUCAGGAGAGGUUGCAGAAGCCGUCCUGGCGGCAUGCGCCCUUGCGUCUGGCGGUCUCCUGCGGGGAUUCACUAGACAUGCGUUCCCUUACACAGACCUUACCAAGGUUGACGAUUUGCUAAAGGUUCCCGGCUUUAUUGCCGGAGUUACGAACCCGACUUUUGAGCUGCACCCCGAAUGGUGGGAUCUUCUAUGCGAUCUCCAGACAGGACGGAUGAAGAUUAGCGAGAAGAUCGAACCUGCGCAAAUCACCGAAGGACUUGUAUACUUCCAACAGCAGAACCCGUCCUUUGCGAACAUGCUUAGCGGGUCAUCUAAUACAGCAACCACGGACUUUACCGGAGAUGUAGUAUUCAUGAAUGACAUACUCAAGAGCAUAACAGCGAGGCGCGGAGAACAAGUCAUUCGAGCCAAGUGGAGAGACUGGGUCGUUAGAUUUACUAGGAUAGCCGCGGCCUUCGAAGAGACGGUGUAUGGGGCAAGUGCCCUUUAUAUCGGAGGUGACGAGUUCGAAACUCUUACGGGCGGACACGGGUACGUAUGGGCGGACGAGGCUGCCAAGCAGAAGGAGCUUGCUGGUAACGUGUGCAGGAUCGAGGGUUGGAGAAAUACCCGAAGCUACUAUAGUUACAUCCAAGACCUCGCCAAAUUAUAUACCAUCCGGCCCCUAAAGGGGAUAGACCUACACCAUAUGCACGACCGGCUCCGGUCUCAACGUCUAACCCCAGCACAGAGUAAAGAAAUCUAUUUGACGUUUGCCCAGUACGUCCACUCGUACGACGAAAUCAGUCUACUAUUGUCGGUAGCUCCCGAGUCCCACGCGGGACUCUUCUACAUAGCCCUGGGGCUAUUCCAUAAGGACCGGGACGUUAGGGUCCAGACGUCGGAGCUCAUCGAGCGCAUCAGCGAACACGAAGCCGGUCAUCACUGGUGGAAGGGGAUGAGCCGGUUUGAGAAGCUCGCCUUCCACCGGAUACGGCGAGAGGUGGAUGCGGAAAUGAAGAGUAAGCUUGAGAAGGAGAACUUGAGCCCCGUUGAGAAGAGAAACAGCUAGAAGCAGGAGAGUAAAGGUGGUUGGUUCAGGCCUAGCGAUGCAACUCGGAGCGAAUUAUUGUCUUUUUUUUCCUGCCUGAAGAUAUCCGCGGCUUCAAAUGUCAAUAUAUACCAAGUAAUCUGAACAAAGAAUUACGUUUUGAAUUCUUUAAGCGAGUCGAU